ACACCAACAUGGGCUCCUCCGCAGGUCUCCAGCUCCACGAUCCUCAAUUAGAAACAACAAAACCGGCUCUUCCGCGGGUCUCCAGCUCCGCGAACCACAAACUAGAAAACAAAGCAUUGCCCUGUAUCUCCAGCUCCACGACCCUCAACUAAAAACACCAACUCCAGCUCCUCCACAGGACUCCAGAUACACGAACCACAAAGCAGAAAACAGCACACCACAUUGUAUCUCUAGCUCCACAGCCCUCAAUGAGAAACACCACCACUGGCUCCUACACGGCUCUCCAGCUCCAUGACCCACAAACUAGAAAACAAUGCUCGACCCUGUAUCUCCAGCUCCACAACCCUCUACGAGAAACACCAACAAUGGUUCCUCCGCGGGUCUCCAGCUCCACGAUCCUCAACUAGAAACAACAAUAAUGGCUCCACCGCAUGUCUCCAACUCCAAAUACUCAACUGGAAACACCAACGACAGCUCCUCCACAGAUCUCCAGCUCCAAGACCCACAAACUAGAAAACAGCGCUCCACCCUGUAUCUCCAGCUCCACAAACAUCAACUAGAAACACCAACUGCAUUCCUCCACGAGUCUCCAGCUCCAAAAUGCUCAACUACAAACACCAAGAUGGGCUCCUCCGCAGGUCUCCAGCUCCACGAUCCUCAAUUAGAAACAACAAAACCGGCUCCUCCGCGGGUCUCCAGCUCCGCAAACCACAAAUUAGAAAACAACGUAUCACCCUAUAUCUCCAGCUCCACAACAGUCUCCAAGAAACACCAACAAUGGCUCCUCCACGGUCUCCAAUUCCCCAAACCACAACUAGAAACACCAACACCGGCUCCUCCGCGGGUCUCUAGCAACACGACCCUCAACUACAAACACCAACACUGGCUCCUGGUGGGUCUCCAGCUCCAUGACAUUCAACUAGAAACACCAACAGCUUCUCCUCCGCAGGCCUCCAGCAUCAUGACCCUCAGAAAGAAACACUAACACUAGAUCCUCCACGGGACUCCAGCUCCACAAUUCUCAACUAGAAACACCAACACCGGCUCCUCCACGGGUCUCCAGCUACACGAUCCUCAACGAGAAACACCAACAAUGGUUCCUCCGCGUGUCUCCAACUCCAAACCCGCAACCAGAAACACCGACGACAGCUCCUUCACGGGUCUCCAGCUCCACGACCCACAAACAAGAAAACAACGCUCCAUCCUGUAUCUCCAGCUCCACGACCCACAAACAAAGACCCCCAUAGCGGCUAUUCCGCCACUGACACCUCGAUGACCCUCAACUAGAAACAGCAACUCCAGCUCCUCCAUGGGUCUCCAGCUCCACGACCCUCAACUAGAAACACCAACUCCAGCUCCUCCACGGGUCUCCAGCUCCAUGACCCACAAACUAGAAAACAAUGCUCCACCCUGUAUCUCUAGCUCCACAAUCCUCAACGAGAAACACCACCACUGGCUCCUACACGAGUCUCCAGCUCCACGACCCACAAACUAGAAAAGAACGCUCCACCCUGUAUGUCCAGCUGCACAAUCCUCAACGAGAAACACAACCACUGGCUCCUCUGCGGGUCUCCAGCUCGAACACCCACAAACUAGAAAACAACGCUCCACCCUGUAUGUUCGGCUCCACAACCCUCAACGAGAAACACCAACAACGGCUCCUGUGCGGGUAUCCAGCUCCACGAUCAUCAACUAGAAACACCAACAAUGGCUCCUCCGCAUGUCUCCAACUCCAUGAAACUCAGCCAGAAACACCAUCGACAGCUCCUCCACGGGUCUCCUGGUCCGUGACCCACAAACUAGAAAACAACGCUCCACCCUGUAUCUCCAGCUCCACGACCCUCAAAGAAAAACACCAAGAGCGGCUGCUCCGCCGUCUCCACCUCGAUGACCCUCAACUAGAAACACCAACUCCAGCUCCUCCACGGGUCUCCAGCUCCAUGACCCACAAACUAGAAAACAACCCUCCACCCUGUAUCUCCAGCUCCAUGACUGUAAAACAAAAACACCAACAGCGGCUACUCCGCCGUUUCCAUCUCGAUGACCCUCAACUAGAAACACCAACUCCAGCUCCUCCAUGGGUCUCCAGCUCCACGACCCUCAACUAGAAACACCAACUCCAGCUCC